AAAGGCCUGAGUAUAACUCCAAUCAGUAUAGAGCGACAGACAGAAGGCAUGGAUGAUGAGGAAAUUCCAACAUUGGUAGAAGUAGAUCUGAGCAAACAAGUUCCUUUGACCAUCAUCACAGGCUUUCUGGGAUCGGGCAAGAGCACGUUCUUGAGAUACGUCCUCACGGAGCGCCAUGGAUACCGCAUCGCGGUGAUAAUGAACGAGUUUGGCGACACAGCGGACAUAGAAUCAAGAGCUAUCAACAUCUCCUCCGACGGCGCUGCCGAACAGUCAGAGGAAGUCCUAGAACUCGCCAAUGGCUGUUUGUGCUGCAGUAUCAAGGACAGUGGAGCAGCUGCAAUAGAGCGUUUGAUGCAGAGAAAAGGCGCCUUCGAUUACAUUCUGCUUGAGACGACUGGCCUUGCAGAUCCAGGACCGGUGGCAUCCAUCUUUUGGCAGAACGAGGAGUAUGCCACGGGAUUGGGCAAGGAUAUUCAUCUAGACGGAGUCGUCUGCGUGGUAGACGCCGUCUUCGGCGAAAAGCAAAUAGAAGAAGAUCAUUCCGCGGAUGGCAUAGGCGAAAGCCUGAAACAAAUCGCCGCGGCGGAUGUGAUUCUCCUUAACAAGGUGGACUUGACCCCGGAAAAACAAGUGCAAGAAUUGGAGGAUACCAUACAGAAGAUUAAUCCGGCAGCCGCGGUCUACAGGACGAUACGAGGAAACGUUGACCUGUCUCGUGUCAUCGGCAUAGACGCAUAUGGCACUUCAUCUAGACACGCUCUCGUCGGAGUUGGAUCGGAACAGGAAGUUGACCAUGAACAUGGGCCGGACUGCCACCACGACGAGAAACCUCAUUAUGAAGUCAGGGGGAUCUCAAGCUUACAAGUGGCUUGUCCGGUGCUUGACGAUGCGCGCGUGCCGAAGUUGGACGCUUGGAUACGCAGCCUGUUGUGGGAUCACCGUCUGCCGGAGGAAUCAGACUCUACCAAGUCGAUUGACAUAUUGCGAUGCAAAGGGAUAUUCCACACCGCAUCCGGCGACCAGUACAUUCUGCAGGGCGUACGCAACAUGUAUGACCUCUCAAGGAUCCCAGAUGCAAUAGUUACCACAGGUUCGUACGGAUUGCCUCCGGCGGGCAAACUCGUCUUCAUCGGUCGAGGGCUCGACGAGGCCGUUGAAAAGGACUUCAUCAGUUGGAUGUCGUGAUACAUCACAACUGUAACUAACGUCAACACGAACGUCCGCGAUACUCUGUCCUAUUCCACUGGCGUAGUGUAUUCAUGAUUUUACAUUCGCGCUUGUGGCAAUUUUUCCAGUCAAUCAUCUGGC